GCGACUGUCAGCUGCGGGCAAUCGGCGGCAGUACGCAGUGGCUGCGGGACGAGAAUCAGCAUCUCUUCACCCACAGCCAGCGUGUGUGUGUUGCUUUUGACACCGGCCCGUUAUCUGCCAGAGCGAUCGUCGAUUCCGGCUUCACCGUGGACGGACGGACGCCUGGAGAGCGCACCCCGAUUUCACCCGACUUACUACAGAAUUUUGGACGAAGUGAUUGAUUGAUCAUUCACAGUGGCCAGACGUUCGAUGGCUUGUGGAAGCAGGAGAAACAUAAAAAUGAUGAUGAUAAUGCACCUAUUUUGGAAUAUAGGGUGGCUGCUAACCCCAAACCUCUCUGUGUUGUUUGCAGCUUGCCCUGAUCAGGAUCCAGAUCUCCAAGUGUGGAAUCCUGGACACAAUAAGGAACAUCGAGUCAGCAUUGGACGUAAUCAGAAGCUACUGCUAUCAUCUUCAGUGACAGUCCAUUCUGUUCACAUCUUUGAUGGAGGCAAACUAGUCAUUUCAGACAAUGGCAAAGAACAUAUUGUUCUCCGGACGCGUAAUAUCCUGAUUGAAGAUGGAGGGGAGCUGCAUAUGGGAAGUGAAGACUGCCCCUUUCAGAGAAAUGUCACCAUCAUUUUAUAUGGAAGAUCUGAUGAAGAAACAGAAAAAGUUCAUAGUUACUUUGGACUGAAAUAUAUUGGCGUUAGUCGAGGAGGCACUCUGGAAAUUCAUGGUGCUCAUAAAAUGUCCUGGACGUUUUUGAAGCGGACCCUCCAUCCUGGUGGGAUGACAGAAGGUGGCUACUACUUUGAAAGAAGCUGGGGACAUCGAGGCAUCAUUGUUCAUGUCAUUAACCAGUAUGGAGAAGUGAUCCAUUCAGACAGGUUUGAUACAUAUAAAAAUGAAGAGGAAAGCAAGCGGCUUGCUGAGUAUUUGGACAGAGUUGAAAAAGGAAUGAUAAUAUUGGUGGCUGUAAAUGAUGAAGGAUCGGCUAAACUGGAUGACUUUGCCAGGAACGCCCUGUCGAAGUUGGGAAGCAAGUACUUCAGACACCUGGGAUUCAGACAUCCUUGGAGCUUCAUCACUGUUAAAGGCUCUCCUGAAACUUCUGCUGAGGAUCAUGUUGUUUAUCAAGGUGCCAGAGGAUCUGCUGCUGCAAAAGUGUUUAAACUUUUCCAGUCCCCAAGCAGAGAUCACUUUACUGUUGGUUCAGUAAGUGAGUGGGUCCAAGAUGUGGAGUGGACUGCGUGGUUUAAUCGUGAUGAUGAGCGGGGUACAGGAGAUUGGGAAAAACUGACAGACUUGAAAGCCUCUUUCCCUGAAAAAAUCUGUGAGAGUCCAAUUGAUAUACAGGUUACAACAGUUGAUGGAAUUCCAGCCAGUCUAACAGCACAGGUUUUCCAUAAACACGAUCUGGACUAUGGAUUUGUUUGCCUUAACAAGGACCAGGUUAAUGGGAUCUGCCAUAACUACAAAGUACGCUUCCUUUGUGGUAAACCAGUGUGGCCCAAGGUGGUCGUUACCAUAGAUAAACAUGUUAAUAGCAGUAUUCUGGAGCUGGCAGAUGAUGCCAGUACGUGGAAAGCUGGUGAUGUCAUUUUUGUUGCCAGCACAGAUUAUUCUAUGCAUCAGACUGAAGAAUUUCGGCUUUUACAUUGUCCAGAAUGCAAAGCAAAUCAAGUCAAGCUCGAAGGAAAAGCGAAAUAUUUGCACAUUGGAGAGGAGGUAGAUGGCAUAGACAUGCGAGCGGAAGUGGGACUGCUGUCCAGAAACAUAGUGAUUAUGGGAGAAACAGAACCACAGUGUUAUGAUAAUAACACCUGCACUUUUUUCGAAUUUGACACAGUUGGUGGGCACAUCAAGAUGGGCGUGGGUUUUAAAGCAGUUCAUAUUGAAGGGGUUGAACUGAAGCACAUGGGCCAGCAGUCUAUGGGCCACUAUCCUAUUCAUUUUCACAUGGCGGGAGAUGUGGAUGAGAAAGGUGGCUAUACUCCUCCAACAUAUGUGAAGGGGGUCUCUAUUCAUGACUCUUUCUCACGAUGUGUGACCAUUCAUGGAUCCAAUGGGUUGUUGGUGAAAGAUGUCAUUGGCUACAAGACCCUAGGACAUUGCUUCUUCACUGAAGAUGGUCCUGAGGAACGAAACACAUUUGAUCACUGUCUCGGUCUGUUGGUCAAGGCAGGGACUCUGCUCCCAUCAGAUCGUAACAGCAAAAUGUGCAGGAUGAUAACAGAUGGGGUGUACCCAGGCUACAUUCCCAGACCCCAACAGGACUGCAAUGCUGUCUCAACAUUUUGGAUGGCAAACCCCAACAAUAACCUUGUCAACUGUUCAGCUGCAGGCUCUGAGGAAACAGGGUUUUGGUUCAUUUUCCACCACGUGCCCACAGGGCCUUCAGAAGGAAUGUAUUCUCCUGGUUAUUCAGAACAUAUGCCUUUGGGAAAGUUCAUCAACAAUAGGGCUCAUUCCAACCACAGGGCUGGUAUGAUAAUUGAUAAUGGGGUGAAGACAACCGAAGCUAAUGCAAAGGACAAGAGACCAUUUCUCUCGCUGAUUGGUGCAAGAUACAGUCCCCAUGAAGGAGCUGACCCUUACAAACCACGAAAACCUGCUAUAAUCAAGAAUUUUAUAGCAUAUAAAAAUCAGGACCAUGGCGCCUGGCUUCGUGGUGGGGAUGUGUGGUUGAACAACUGCCAGUUUUCUGAUAAUGGAAUUGGAUUGACACUUGCAAGUGGUGGAACUUUUCCAGAUGAUGAUGGAGCCAAGCAAGAGGUCAAAAACUCGUUGUUUGUUGGGGAGAGUGAAAAUCGUGGGACAGAGAUGGCAGACAAUCCUUUCUGGGGACCUGGUGGCUUAGAUCACAGUGGACGAGCUCUUCCCAAAGGAGUAACUUUCCCAAUCCGAGGAAUACAGAUCUAUGAUGGCCCAAUAAAUGUAGAGAACUGUACUUUCCGUAAAUUUGUUGCUCUGAAUGGCCGUCACACCAGUGCCCUUGGGUUCCGAUUCAACAACUCAUGGCAAACCUGCCCAAAUAACAAUGUGACAAACAUCACAUUCCAGGAUGUCCCAAUCGCAUCACGAGUCUUCUUUGGAGAGCCAGGCCCCUGGUUCUAUCACUUGGAUUUUGAUGGUGAUAAAACAGCAAUCCUACAUGAUACAGAUGGAUCCGUAUCGGAGUAUCCCGGAGCAUAUAUUGUUAAACAGGAUAACUGGCUCCUCAGGCAUCCAGAUUGCAUCGAUGUGCCAGACUGGCGGUCAGCUAUCUGCAGUGGUCACUAUGCACAGGUGUACAUUCAGGCCAGGAAGCCUUCAACCUUGAAGAUGAAGAUAAUUAAAGAUGAGUAUCCUAAUAAACCACUCAUCUUAAGGGGAGCCCUAAGAGGACGUUCCCAUUACCAGCAGUACCAACCCGUUGUUAUGCUACAGAAAGGAUACACAGUGCACUGGGAUGGGCCAUCACCUCAAGAAAUCACCAUAUGGCUCAUCAAUUUCAACCAGAACGACUGGAUCCAGGUGGGACUUUGUUACCCUAAGGGCAGCACGUUUAACAUAAUAUCAGACAUUCACAAUCGUUUGUCAAAAAGAACGUUUAAAACUGGAACAUUUUUGAAGACACACAAGAUGAACAACCUGGACUAUGGCCACCUGGGCAGGAGUUAUUAUUUCUUCGAUGAAGACGCGGGGCUCCUCUUCCUGAAAGUGAAAGCCCACAAGAAAAGGGACAAGUUUGCUUUCUGCUCAUUACAAGGCUGUGAGAGAAUAAAGAUCAAAGCGUCCAUUCCUAACAAAAGUGGGGUCAGUGACUGUGUAUUAAAAGCAUAUCCCAAGUACAGCCAGAUGCCAAAUGCUGACACCCCUAUGCCACAGAAAUUACCAACAACACAGCUGAGUAACAACGAUCACUUCAUAGAGGUCAAACUUGAAUCCUAUAAAACAAGGUUCUUUCACAUCAGAGAAGACUUGGCCUAUUCUGAAGUGGAUGGAAAGAAGUUCUACCACGCUGAUGAUGGUAUGCAGAUCGUUGUGAUAGAUGGGAAGUCUGGAAAGGUGGUGGAUAAUAGAAGUUUCAGAUGGGUAAUCUUACGAGGAAUGCCAAUGCACAUAGAGAAUUAUGUGACAAAUAUGAAAAACAACUCCAUUGCUCUGGUGACAUCCAAAGGAAGACCACUGUCAGGAAGACCUUGGAUCAAUGUCCUGGGUCAACUCGGAGCCACUGAUAUAAAACUUAAAGAUAAGUUGGUAUUCGUGGGAUAUAAAGGAAGUUUCAAACCUGCAUGGGUCAAACUUGCAGUUGGGGAAGAUACAGCAAAACUUCAUGAGGUUCUUCCGAUUCCCAUCAUGAAGAAGUUGAAGCUAUGAGAGAUUAUACUUUGAGCUGAGGCCACAUACUGGUCUGGGUAUACAGGAUUGAUAGUGGAACUACUACUGAUUUUUAAACGCUGUCUGUGGGAACAUAGUCAAAACUCCUAAGACGUUGCAGUAGUAUGGUGUAUUUAUCAUUGUGUUUAUUUGUCAAUGAACAUGGCUUGUUUCAAAAACUGGUAAUAAUAUUUGUAGACAGUACUUGAGAAGCCAUUUUAACUCAAACCCUUCCUUGUUCCCGAAAUAGCUGGUCAUUUUUCGGAUACCUUAUUCUUCCCAUGUAUGUAUUGUUAAGGUGUUUUCAAUCUGUCUUUAUUUUCUAUUGUAUGUAAGUUUCUUAUUUAUUUAUUAAGUACAGAAGGCAACACAACCCUAUGGAUCACAAUGCCAAGGCAAUUAUGGGACAGUAUUGUACAAUUUUCAUAUAUUUUACAUUAAGCUGUUGCUUUAUUUGGUAACAUCACUGUUCAGAAACAAUGGUAUUUUAAGUGUUGGCUGAGAUUGUAAUUUAUUAGAGUUGAGAUGUAUUUCAAGAGGACCUUUGGGUUAAAGAAAUGUAAUUUAUAACCUAUCAUUUGUAUAAAUUACAAAGAUUGUCUAAGACUGGUUUCACAAUAAAUGUAAAG